AUGGGGGCAGCAAUAGGCCUGAGCCUGCCGUCCUCUCCGCGUCGGCGCUGAGCGAGGAGGGCGAGCAUGGGGCCGGGGCCGGGGCUGGUGCUGGCGCUGGUGCUGGCUGUGGGGGCCCAGCCCCCGGAGCAGCGCCCCAGGGAGUCCCACAACCUCAACUGGAACAAGUUCGCAGGGUUCUGGUACAUCCUCGCCAUCGCCUCCGACGCCCGGGCCUUCCUGCCGGGCCGGGACGCGCGGCGGCUGGGGGCGGCGCUGGUGCAGGUGCUCGGCGCGGGCCGCCUGCGGGUGGUGCUCGCCCUCCCCCGGUCUCAGGGGUGCCGGUCGCACACCGUUGUCCUGCGGAAGGACGGGAAGAAGGCCGUGUUCCGGAACCCCCUGAAGGGCGUGGCCGGCUUCCGCGUGCUGACCACGGACUACCGCGCCGGCGUGGUGGACCUGCGCCUGGGCCGGACCGGCCGGGGCCCCAAGGCCCUGCUGCUCCUCAGCAGACAGAAGGAGACCGCCUUCGCCAGCUGGAGGACGUUCGUGGAAUUCUGUGAGGUCCGGGAGCUCACGAGGGGCGCCACGGUCCUCCCGAAAGACGGUCACAUUGAGCACACGAUAAACCUGGGGAUAAUUCAGCUCGUUGCCAUGGUUUCUCACGUGCUCUUUGCAUAA